ACUUGCCGGAGAAGUAACUGCUUCAACGCGUGGGAAUUUCAGCAUCACUCCAUUAGCAUGGCCAGACAGCAAUGACAACCGCCCAAGAGCAACACAUACAGCGACAGGGAGAGGAAGCAGCACGAACACAAGGUCAAGCGAAAGAAGGAGGAAGCACGCCCAUAGCACCCGACGUCCUCGACGCUUCACAUGCCCUGCUCUCCCUUGCUCGCCCACUCACAGACCCAGUACCGGAAGUCGUGGCCGGAGGUGGAAAUGGUAUAGUGAUCGACAUGCAGCAACAGCAGCCGUCAAGCCGGGGAACGGGUCCGCGGGGCAAGCGGAAGGUCGGAGAGGAGGGAGGAGAUGACAUGCUGACUGGGGCACAGAAACGGAAACGGAAACGGAAACGUCCCACGCGAGAGAGUGGGGAAGUGACAGAGACGGCAGCGACAGGCCUCACUCACCAAGCUGACGGAAAUGCGCUUGUGGAGGCGGCGAUACCGAGCGAAUUUGGAGGGCCGUAUACGGGUAGUGAGAACGACACGAUGGCCGAGGUGCUGGAUUCCGCCGACAAUGAAGCAGGAGAUACGACGGAUGGGGAAGAAACUCCAUUGUCGGAUACUGGUUCGACAUUGGACGGCCAUCUAAGCGUUGGUCAAGGCGUCGUCGGAGGACCCGGCGGUGGUGUUCCCGUCCAUAUUCCCAUCCUCCCAUCAUCGAUCAGCCGACAAGUACCAGAAUCCAUCACAUUACCUCACGAAUCCAUACCUACCACCACUCCAGCACCGACCAUCCGCCGCCAAUCCGGUCCCCCAGCACCACCUCCCACCCCCGUCACCCUUCACCACCUCUACGACUCCAUUCUCACGCAACCCCCCUCCCCCACCACAACCCGCUUCCACUGCCCCUUCCCCACCUGCCCGCGCACCUUCUCCAAGCGCUACAAUCUGCGCCAACACUUCUCCUCCAUCCACGCACGCACCCAAGACCGACGGUACAAAUGCACCCAGUGCGACAUGGAUUUCAGCAGGAAAUACGAUCUGCAGCGACAUGUGGGGAACCUACACCCAAGUGAGCGGUUGGUGAAGCUGGCGAGGGACUGUUGGGGCUUGGUGGAAAGGUUGAGGCAUUUGACGGCGGUCAGGGAGACAGUUGCUAUGGCGUAUUCGGCCUUUGAGGGUGGGGUCGACGGGGAAAGCGGGUAUGAUGAUGAUGGUGCGAAUACGUUGGAUGGGCUGGAUGAAGGGAGCGAUGAUGUUACUUCCUCGGACGCAGAACCAUCACCAUCAAUGCUCGCUGCUGCUGCCGCCGCCGCCGCUGCACUCGCGCUGGCUUUCUCUCGCUAGUCCAGAAUAAUGCCUACCGCGAACUUCCAUCAACAUCCCUGUGUCGAGAUCACGUUCGCAGUCAAGUUGCAAAGAAACACCUAUUUCCCCGUGCCUCAAAAUCCUUGAAUGUAUUCUGUACAACUGAUACCCACUUUUCUUUGGUGAGGAUUUGGGGCGGCGGACAAUAUAUACCCGUGUGCUAUACUCCAUACGAUGGACCUCA